GGCAGCAAGGCAGGCUGCCUUGCUUGCCGUACACUCCAGCCCCCGAAGGCCAGGGUUACUUCCUGCCUUUUGUAACUUUGCUGUACACAACAUAGAAGUACAGCGAUCGCGGCGGUGGCUUCUCUCACUUGAUGAACUCAAAGCUACCCAGAACUAGUCAUGACUCUACCGGAGCAGCAGGAGUUCACAGACAACCUGGAUUCAGCCAAGUCCUGGAUGACAGCCAUCCAAGAGAGGCUGAAGGCCAAUGACAACACGCAGGGCCCCCGUCAGGCUCUGGAGGCCAGACUUAGGGAGACAGAGAAGAUCCGCCAGUCAGAGGAAGAAGGCCGUGUGAAGAUGGACAUGGUGCUGGUGGCUGCUGAGCAGCUUCUGCAGAAUGGAAAUGAAGAGCUCAGGAACCACACCCAUACUCAGCUCAAAGACCUGAAAGGCCUCUGGGAAGAGACCUGCACCUACAUCACCCACUGUCACAGUCGCAUAGAGUGGGUGUGGCUGCACUGGAGUGAGUACCUGGAGGCCUACAAAGAGUUUGAGCUGUGGUUGACAAAGCAGCAACGAAGCCAUGAUGUCGAGCUAGAAGCGCAGCUGGGAGCGAAAGAGAAGCUUUGGCAGGUCGAUCAGCAGAGGGUGGUGGUGAGUGAUAUCAAAGGCCAGGCGGUGCUACUGGAGAGGCUGCUGGAUGAGGCAGCUGCACUGCACAACAGAACCCAGGACCCCAGUGUGGAUCCUCAGGCCCAGGAGAGACUGCAGGAAGCGUACAAUCAUGUCAGAGACAGAGCUGAGGAACGUCUUUCACUGCUUCAGAAGAUCUGCGAGGAACACCAGACAUACCAAGGUUGUGUUCAGAGGUUCCAGUCCUGGCUGCUGUCAAAAACCAAGGAACUGACUGAAGUGAUGGGGAGGAAUGACAUAGCUGAGGAAAAGCUCAAAGCAUUAAAAGCUCUGGAUGACAGUGUGGCCUGUGAGGAGAAGGCCCUGCUGGAUAUUGAAGGCAUGGUGGAAAGCCUCAGGCCCAACACCUCUCCUGCGGGAGUGGAAGAAGUGGUUGAAGAGGCAGAGGAACUGAGGCUGGGCUGGCAGCGACUGAGGGAAGGUCUUUGCAAGGCAGAUGAAGGCCUCCGCUCCAGCCUGGAUACUCACAGUCAGUACAUGACCCGGUGCCAGCGGCUGGGAGACGAUAUCGGCCGCCUCAGAGAGCUGUUCAAAGGGCUGGACCAGGAACUGGAGGAGACCCAGGACUGCAGGGAUCGCAUUGACCACACUGAAGAGCAAAUGGUUGGCCAGUGGACAAAAUACACGGGUGUGAGGAAUACUUUAGCAGGGGAAGAAUCCCAGGUGGAACUGCUCAAGGCUCAGCUCAGGGAGCUCUUCAGGUUCUCAGAGGACUCGCGUCACCUUUCUCAUGAUGUCUUGGCUGUUGUUAAAGAACAUCAAAGUGUGAAAUGUCGAGCAACUAGACUGUGUUCAGAGUCCGAGUUGGGACUGAGAAACAUCCUCCAAGACCCGCUACUGGUCUACGACCAAUGGAAAGAUACGGUUUCUCAGGUGUUGGAAACUUCUGCUGAGGUCACAGACUUCUCCCAUGUUGCCAUGUUAGUCCAGAAGAUUGAGUGUCUCCUGAAGGAAAGUGUCCAGCUGCAGGAGCGCUUCAGUCUACUGGAAGUGAAAGGGGACCUGCUAGACUCUGUGUUUGGUCCUGAGAGGUCUGAUGGACUGCAGAGCGAACUGAGCACUGCCAUGAGGAACAGAGAACUGUUGCAUGUUCAGCUGCAGCAGAGGAAGAGCAGGCUACAGGCAUUCAUUUCAAGAACCAAGGACUUCACUGACACCUACAAGCUGAUGUGCUCAAAGUUGUCCAGUGUCAAAGGCAGACUGAUGACAGCUGAUGGUCUACAGCCUGACAUUCUCGCCAAAAAAAGCCAGUCAGACCAGUUUGGGGUCAUCCUAAAGGAUGUAGAAGACUAUGAAGCCCAGGUCAUGGCACUUGAGACUCUGGUCUCUUCCAGUCAGACCAACAGGAUUCAGUUUGAGAAACUCUGUGAUGAAUGGAAACAUCUGCACAUUGCAGUCAAGGCAAAGGUAGAUGAGAGUGACAAAAUUGUUGCAGAACAUGAGAGGUUCCAUGACAGCCUUCUAAACAUCGAGAAGUGGCUGAUGAUCAUGAAGCAGAAGCUGAUGUCCUUCCACAGCCCAACAGGAGAGUGGAGCAUAGAGGGGCGCUGGCAUGAAGCUGAGAGAGCACUGGGAGAGUUCCCAGAGAAGGAGCUCCAGCUGCAGCAGGUGGAUAUUCAGGGUCAGGGAGUUUUAAAGAAGACUUCUGAGGAGGGGCAGGUCCAUAUUCUUGGAGACAUGAAGCGCCUAAAAGACUCUUGGUUGGCCCUGUACGAAAUGAGUCUGAAUCUGCACAGGUUGUUGAACAGUUCCAAAGAGCAGAGAGAGUCUGACUUUGCCAAGACGUCUGGCUUUAUGCAUGCACUUGGAGGAAAGUCGGAGGCAAUGAUAGGGAGGGAGGAGGCAUUAAUGACUGGCCAGGAAGGGUGGAACCAGGGCCAACGAGGUUACCACAUAUUGGCUGAACCAGAUGUUGAAAAUCCUAUUUCAUCAAGUAAAGUCAAGGGAAGUGCACUGACCUUCAAAACAGAUGAAGUAGAUUUCUCUGGCCAUGAGCAGGGAGUCUCCAAUGACAAGCCAAUAGGAGGUAACAGCAGUGUCUUGGCAGAAGACGGAGAGGAAGCAGUAUUAUUUACACAGGCCAGCUAUCCUCAGCCGCCAAUGAUUAGCUCUGGAGAUGACAGCACAGAAGCAGGGGGAUGCCUCAUCUCAGGAGGAGGAGUGGGAGAGAUCAGAAGACCCUCAGCCAAGAAAGCAUCAGCAACACCAGUUCAAUACUCAAUGGGGAGCCAAGGACACCAUGAAUCCAGGAGGAAGGAGUUUGAUUCUUGGCUGUUCAAACAGAAUGAACUCCUCUCUGAGAUUCUCAGCUCCAAAGGAGCAGCACACAGCGCCAAAGAUGUCAGACUCAAGCAGGAUACACUCAAGUCUCUGAGAGCUGACCUGUCCUGGGGUCAGAAGCAGUUUCAGCUGUUGAUCCAGGAUAGCCAGAGCAGUGAGGCUGGUACUGGACCAAAAGAAGAGGCCGGCCUGGAGGACCUCCGCUACCGCUGGAUGCUUUACAAGUCUAAGCUCAAGGAUGUCGGAGAUGUGAGGAACAGGAUCAGUUCCAAGAGAGUCUCAGCCACUCAGGAGGAUGCAGCCAUUGCAGCACCAGCUCGAAAGCAGAAACCUGGACUGCUGCAGCGGGUUUGUCGGUUGGCUCUUCCUCUGUGGCUCCUCUUCCUCGCUCUGCUGCUCCUGGCCUUCUUGCUGCCCCUCAUGGAUGAAGGCAAUAGCUGCUCUCUCUCUAACAACUUUGCCCGAUCCUUCAACAUCAUGCUCCGCUACGAAGGACCUCCACCCACAUAGGAGAUUUCCUGACAACAGAAAACUCUAUGAUGGGCUGUGGAUUAUGUAGGAAAUGUUGACUUGAUUACCUAAGACCCGGCAUUCCCCUGUGAUUGAAGAUCAUAUGUAACUGUACUAGAACCACAGAGCUGGUCUACCCAAACUUCAGAUCAGUCUAAAGUCUGCAGUGCAUAUCUCUCUGUGACAGAUCUAGUCUAAAAGAAUAGUGCAACCUAGAGCAUCGUGUGUAUGCAAACAACAUUUUGCAUUCUGCACUGCAUGGUUAAAUGUCUUCUAAGGUUUUUUCACUAUAUGAAACCAUGAUCUCUUAACCAUGUGUAAAACUGCCCAUCACCAUUAGAAGUAUUAAUUGGCACAUCAGUCAUUCUUAAUCUUAUCAUUUACAGAUGUGAAGUGUCAAUGAAGACAGGAGAAAGCUUAACAUCUAUAAAAUACAAGUCCUGACAUGCUUUUGAGUUUGAGCUUGGGACUUUUAGAUUCGUUCGAUUCUUUUAUUUAUUUUUUUUCAUUUAGUAUCAUUUUUACCAGACUCACAUAAAUCUAAUUUUCUUACUUUGAAAAUUUGAGGAGACGUGGAUCAGUGCUUGUUUGAUUGGAGACUGAUUAUCAGCUGACUGGAAUUGUUUUAGUUUGACCAUUUAAAUCCACCAAAGAGAGAUUUAGAAAUUACAACAUGAUAAGCCAAAGUCACAGUUCAUACAUAGAAUUGUUGAACAAGAAGGCUGAAACCAAAGACUAUAGCAGCAAUGCUAGACACGGUACUUUGGCAUUUAUACAUUUUAAAUGACAAAUAUCUUACCAUAUUUCCUCAAAUAAACCCUUGUCGCAAUUUAAAAGCUUUAUUUCUGAUGGUUGCCAACGUCAACAGGAAUAUUAAAAGCUCAAAGUAGAGCCUUUAUAGUUAACAAAAAAAAAGCCCUGUAAACAAAUUCGAGGUUUGUCCACUGAAGCUCCAGGACUUUUAUCGUCACUUAGAACAUUUUUAUUAUAUUUGCAGACAGUCUGGGGUUUUUUUUUCCGUUUCAAUAUGCUUACUGUUUGCUUGUGUUUUGAAGUUGUGACAUCAUCAGUGCAGCUGACUACAGUUCCUGUGUUGAUCAUCAUGCUGAUGCUCUGCUCAUCUACGUAAAGAGUAAAGGAGAAGCUCCUGGUGACUCUCUGAUACCUGUCAUGGCCACUUUUCACAGUAAUGCAUUCCCUUAAUUUGUCAUAAAAGCAGAAUAGCUAAAUGUGGUCACUGUUGGAGUAAAUACAGUAGUUUGGAUUAGACCGCCCUUGUAUUCUGACUUCUGGGGAGGAACAUGGACUCUUUAAUACUGUCUUAAAAAGUCUCCAGGUCAUGCUAUGCUUAUCUAGUUCCAUUUGUCUUAUCUGUUUCUUAGGACAGCAUCUGAAAUAACUGAGAAUGAGAGGGAGCAGGCCAUUGCAGUCGAUCAAAGAAGUGGGCGUUGCUUGUAAUAAAGAACAAAAGAGUCUAUAGCUCAGUGCACUGAUGAUGUCAGAAUAGAGUAAAAUGUGCCAAAGGGUGGAUGGGUAUUCCUGUUGCCGGCCAAGUGUUCAUGUUUAAUGACGUAUCGAGCUGGAAAUCACUUCUCUCCUGAUUUAGAUUUUUAUGUAAUUUCUCAGAAUUUAUUUACAUUUAUCAAGUGGCAAGCACUGCUGAAGUGUGUAAAGUGUACAUUCUAGUCCAACUUUGAACAUAUUUGACAUUUCUAAAAAAUAAAUGGUGAAACCUGACUAAACAGUAAAA